CCUGGCCACCAUGUGCUCCCAGCUCUGGUUCCUGACUGACCGGCGCAUCCGCGAGGAAUACCCGCAGGUGCAGAUCCUGCGCGCCCUCCGGCAGCGCUGCUCCGAGCAGGACGUGCGCUUCCGGGCGGUGUUCAUGGACCAGAUCGCCGUCACCGUCAUCGGCGGCCACCUCGGCCUCCAGCUGAACCAGAAGGCCCUUACCACCUUUCCAGAUGUGGUGGUGGUGCGGGUGUCCACACCCUCUGUGCAGUCAGACAGCGACAUCACUGUCCUGCGGCACCUGGAGAAGCUGGGCUGUCGCUUGGUCAACCGCCCACAGAGCAUCUUAAACUGCAUCAACAAAUUCUGGACGUUCCAAGAGCUGGCUGGACAUGGGGUCCCCAUGCCAGACACUUUCUCCUAUGGUGGACAUGAAGACUUUUCAAAAAUGAUCGAUGAAGCUGAGCCCCUGGGCUACCCAGUCGUGGUGAAGAGCACGCGAGGCCACCAGGGAAAAGCUGUUUUUCUGGCAAGAGACAAACAUCACCUUUCAGACAUCUGCCAUCUAGUCCGCCAUGAUGUUCCCUACCUGUUCCAGAAGUAUGUGAAGGAGUCCCACGGAAAAGAUAUCCGGGUGGUUGUGGUAGGGGGCCAGGUGAUCGGCUCCAUGCUUCGCUGCUCCACAGAUGGACGGAUGCAGAGCAACUGCUCCCUUGGUGGUGUGGGCGUCAUGUGUCAAUUGACAGAACAAGGCAAGCAGUUGGCUAUUCAGGUGUCCAACAUCCUGGGCAUGGACUUCUGUGGCAUUGAUCUUCUCAUCAAGGAUGAUGGCUCCUUUGUGGUGUGUGAGGCAAAUGCCAACGUUGGCUUCCUAGCCUUCGACCAGGCUUGCAACUUAGAUGUGGGGGGGAUCAUUGCAGACUAUACCAUGUCCUUGCUGCCAAAUCGGCAGACUGGGAAGAUGGCUGUCCUCCCAGGACUGUCGAGUCCCAGGGAGAAGAAGGAGCCAGAUGGCUGUGCUUCAGCUCAGGGAGUUGCAGACAGCCCCUACACCAUCAAUAACGGGUCUACCUCUAGUGAGAGUGAGCCUGAAUUGGGAGAGGCCCGGGAUUCCUCAGCAAACACAGUGGGGGGGCCUGCCCCCCAUGCUUCCCGAGCCUGGAUACAACAUUAACAACAGGAUGGCUUCAGAAUUAAAGCUUGAGUGAAUUUCUGCUUUUUGGCAGCAUUUAAACCAAAUCCUACUGCUUCCCUAGUAGUUUUGAGUGAAUAAAAUCUGGACUCAUGUGAUUUCAUUUGCACAGAAACUAGAAAUCCCAUCUGGGCACUCAGCAUUCUUUCUAAUGAUGAUUUAAGCAAAUGGCCUAGCUUUGUGGUUUUUACAAAGACAUAUAAAACACUCACCAAGAACAACAUCUCAACUGAUCGAUUUGAGACCAGUGUCUGCUGUGAGCUCUUGGAUAUAAUGGUAGACUUUCAGGCACUGACGCUGUGCUGCUUCUGGCUGGUAACAGUAGAGAACAAGAACUUAGAAUAUCUCCUGGAAAAACUGGACUUAAAAACAGCCAUGAGAUGGAGGCAUGUGCAGACAAUGUGGAAUGUGACCGUAGCAUGUUCUUCACUCAGCGUGUGUAUGAGGCUGGGAGAACACACAGUACAAACACUGUUACAGGAUCGAUAUCUGCUCCCCUCAAUCACCAUCUUGACCAUAUUUCUCUGACACUCAGGAUAUGGUGUUUUAGGGAGCUUCCUCAUUUGCAUUUUCAGUGAAGCACUUUGUAGAAAGUGAGAUUGCACAUUCUUUGACCUCACUGGUUGGCAUAUGUGCUGCUUUGUAACUGGGGCUUUCUACAAAUUGCUUUGCCACUCUGAAUUUAUAUACCCUGCUUCGACUAAUGCCAACUCCAGCAGCUUCUUGCACCUUUGCUGCCUUUGGCCUCAGCUGGAAAUGCACUUCAACAAGCUAGUGGCCACACACUUUGUUUCUUAAGCGUGCACUAGAAUCUAACACCAAGGACUUUCUUUUCAAUGGACUCUGUUCACUUGUCAUCCAGAAGCCAAUAGGUAUUUACCAUAGAAAGUCACUGGAAGAUAAUCACUCUUUCCCCUCCUCUUACUGAAACUUUAUGUAUUGCUUAGCUGUAGAAGUUUUUUCUCAUAUGAGUUGGUGUUGUGGGCCUGUCGGGUGGAUACAGCUAUUGGAAACGUACUCCAAUCCCCUGGACAUUCUACUCUUAUCCAGGCUCCAGAAACCUGUCCUAACCCACUUUUCCAAACUGGGGAGACUCAGGUAUCGGGAAUUAACUCAUUGCACAUUUUUGGGAGGGGAUUAACAUAGACAUGACACCAAGUGCUUUUCACUUUAACUCUUCAAGCAGUAGAUGAGAUCCUUCCCUUGGGAGAAAUCAUGGAGAUGGAGUUUUUAAUUUCUGCUUGUAUGAAGUUUGACUGAAAACAAGCAAUGACCAAAUACACUGGAACAAAUGCAUUUAAGAGUUACCAUCGUUGGAGUUAUUCCCUUGGGAGAUAUCCUCUUGAGCUAUGGUGUUGCAUGCACCAAGAACACUUAGAAUUCCUCUUCGGGAUUAUCUUUGAAGCCAUGAAAGGAAAGAGGCCUCACAACUCAAUAGUUAGACUUUGUUUUUUUGUUGUUGUUGUUUGUUUGUUUGUUUUUUAAUCUCUCCCUGACAACCCAGUCAACCACCAAGAUAGUGCCAAGCUCCAUCACUUGUUUUAUUUAUCAGACUUGUUUUCUAAUGCACUUUGGCUAUAAAAAAAAUAAAUAAUUCCUCAAAAAAUACAUGAACUCUUAAAGGACAGAGAUUUACCAAUACCAAGGAAGUUUACAAGUUUCCAAAGAUGGUUCUAGAAAUGUUCUGAUUAAGGUCAGCUUCACUGGAAUAAAUGUACAUCUUCCCAAGGUAACUACUUUAAAGACAUCGCCACCCAUUUGGCUGCAUAAUUCCUAUGCUUACUCUGCUAUAAAUGUAAAAUGUGUAUAAAGUCAAGCUAUUACAUUUUCCCCACAACACAUUUAAAUAGAAAUUGGCUCUUAAAGUAUUAUAGUUAAAAACCAGAUCUCACCAAGUAACAGUUGUACAGUUGAAAAAUGUUUGGUGCCAUGUAAUGGAGAUGUCACACUAUGCAGUUGUAGUUUAAAUGCCGUCCAACAUAGGAUGCAUGCCACUAAACUGUAACCCAAGCAAUGUGUCUUGUACAAUUGAAAAAAUGAUAAUACUUCACUCUUCUAUAGGUUAAGACAUGUACCUUAUUUUUAGCACUCAGGGUGGCUUUAGAAGGAUGGUUUCAAGUUUAUUCUUGCCAGAAUUGGUCAGAUGCUUUCUGUGUAAACCUCUGAACCAAGUAUUGACCUCCUGGAAGCUGCAUUCACUCGUCUUCCUACUUUAUCUAAAAGGAUGCCAGCAGGGCCCCAUCCUGAGCUGCACAGCUAGAGUGUUUCCAGAUCUCUUUGCCAAAGGAGGCCCAUUUUCCAGCUGGGAGUGAUAUCUGUCAUCAUUGGCUUUAUUGCCUGGAACUGGCCCUGUCUAAAAGCUGGAUCACAGCUGUAUCCUAGACCCCUCCAGGAUUUCCUAGACCACAGCCGCCCAUGGACUCCGAGUCUCAGCCACAACUGCCCAAAGCUGCUAGAAAGAACAUGGGGUACAACACUAGACCUGGUUCUGGGUCUGCCCUUAAAAUAGCUGUUCACCCUUGUGUAAUCACUUGAGCUCUGGGCCUUCAUUUUUCUCUUCUUCAGACAGGGGAAAGACCUCUUCUGUUCCCUCUUGGGGACACACUGAGGUUGAAGUGAGUUAAUAAGUGAGACUGUGCUUUCCAUAGAAGGUGGUAACAGAACACCUCUCUCAUCUGGUUUUAUACCAGCUUCUCAUCACCCUCCUCUGAGGGAGUUAAUAAAGGAAGAAGCCAUCAAGUCUUGUCACUAGCAAAAUAAACAGUGAUGGGGCCCAGAAAAAGAAAUGCAGCUUCUGGAGGACUUCUUUCUAGUCGCAAGGAAACAUUACCUGAAAAGAGUAAGGCUCAUGGGGUAUUCAAAGAGCCUUCUGGAUGUACCAUAUAUAACCUGAAACCCAACUGCUGUAUACCAACUAAGUAAGUCUUCCUUAUGUAAUAUAGAUUCAGUGUCUGUAUAUGGUCUUCCCAUUAUUUGGUAGUAGCACCUUGAAACUGGUCAAAACCUGAAUGUCAAUAGCUCAGUCACUCAGAAUAUAUAUGAUUCUGCACUUGGGGAAAAUGUCUUCAUGCUAUCUGUCUGAUUGGGUAUGGGGUGGUCUUUAGGGUCUGAGAAACAAUAUAAAUGGCUCAUAAGUAAUUCCUGCCACAAUUGCAGACUCAAUGCUUCCAGCUAAGGAAUGCCAUACAGUUGGGACAGGGCAAUGAAGAAAGAGGAGGAGUAAGAUCCAGGAUAGUUUUGUGAAAGAAAUAUGAAACCAGGAGUACUUGCAGGAGGAAAAAAAUGCUUCUUGUAUGGGUUAUAUUAAGGAAAGAAUCACAAAUGUAUUGAUUAGAGGUAGAUGUCUUUGAAACUGCUCUGAGAUGCAUGGACUUCUGUCGACACUGGAGAAGUGAGGGAAAUGUGCUUUAUCUCUUCUGUAAGUCCUGAGGAAAACUGGUCUUGAGGAUACUCUGAAUGUAAAUCUUGAGAAGAUUGAAGCAGCUAAUUAGUGGGAGAGGUCCCAGGACCAUCAAAGUAACAGCUAGCCCUCCCAUAAGUGAAUGGACCAAAAUACCAGGCCCUGCAAAGACCCCGGCCAUGGUUUACUGAUGGGAGUAAAGGGACUCAGGUAGGAGAGGAAACCCAAGCUCAGUCAAACAAGUUACUUCAGCUUAGUAUUUCUCUUUGCACCUGGAGGUGAGGCCUCUGUUUACUAUUAGUCUGUGCAGAUGUUUUAGGAAAGCCCUAACAACAGCUAUUUGUCACUGCCCCUGAAGUUAAUGUUCUUAGACCUAGGGCUGUAACCUAAUAGAAAACCUGGUAUUGCUUUUGACUCUGCCUCUUAAACUCAAGAUCAGUACAGAUUGUUGCUUUGAUAUGUUUUUACCUGGAAGACUGUCCUUCUCAGGGAUAUAUUGUUUUAAUCUUUGCCUAAAACUAGAUUAUGCCUCCAUUCUAAUCUAUGGCUCAGCUCCGAAGCCCCCAUAAAACUCACGUGGUUGAGUAUGAACUUUCUCCCUUCAUGCCUUCCAAUUUCCUUCUUCAGGUGCGGUUCCUAUGCCAACACGCAGCUCUAUCCUGAGCCCUUGGAUGACAUCCCAAUGCUGUUUGGGGAUGUUAGGUUCUCUGGGGCUCCAGAGCAACACUAGGAAAGUUUUCCUAGAGAGCCAGGUUAGAGAUCUGGAAUAGCAGCACUUGGAGACUAGUCUAGUCCCUAUUUUACAAGUAGGGAAUCCGAGUUCCAGAGGCUUUGGUUACUUAGCCAGUCAGCAGCAAGGCUGACCCAGACGAUGUGAUUCCCCAUCCAGGCUAGUAUAGUGUCAGAGGUGGCUCUGGCCCUCCAUGUGUCUAGCACUUGCUGCCAUCCUUGGUCCACUCUCUGCCCAUUCCCCUUCUGAUGAGACUCUGUUCUAGAUCAUCAUGGUAUUGAGGUGUGAGCUGUCAAGGCUUCAGGACUGGAUAGGUCUCAGUGAGAGCCCCAAAAGCAGGGUACAGUCUGCCUCCUAGCCUACACCUUAAGACUAGCCGAGACCAUUUAGUUCCACCCCACACUCAGUGAAGGAAUAUGAGGGAGAAGACCUAUGCUGAGCUGACCAAGGGCUUCUGUGGCCCCAAUUUGGUUGAUGUCUUUACUGCAGAGAGUCUUGGAUGCCAAGGGUUUGAAUUUCCUGAACUUUUUCCAUGAGCCUCCCACCAGGGGGAACCCAGUUUGAUAUAUUCACCAGCUGCGAUCAGCAACAAGGUCAAAACUUCCCUCCACCUUCUGUUCCAUGAUGUAUCCCCCCUUGCAGUCAGACUCAAGGCACAGAUUCUUCCUGUUGUAAUCCAAACUUCAGCUGAGGACUUCAGAUCCAGAUGGGUUUGAGAACUCUAGGCUCCUGUUCUGAGUCCCUGCAUUUCUGUGGUUUCUAAGGGAUUUGUGGGUUUUGUUUGUCUGUUUUGUUUUUUGGGUUCUGGGGAUUGAACCCAGGGGUGCUUUACCACUGAGCCACAUUCCCAGCUAUUUAUUUAUUUAUUUUUUUAAUUUUGAGAUAGGGUCUCACCUAAGUUGCUUAGGGCCUCACUAAAUUUCUGAGGCUGGCCUUGUGAUCCUCCUGCCUCAGCCUCCCAAGUCUCUGGGAUUACAGGCAUGUGCCAUGGUUCCCAGUGGGACUUGUGCUUUUAAAGCUACUGCUGACUCCAGACUUGCACUACCUCAUUUUCAGCAACAACAUUGUCUCAUCCCUGCUCCGCAUCAGCUAAGACGAGAAGUUCUGUCCCCUCCCCCACUCCUGCAUACAGCAAAAUUCAAAUGAGCGUUUGAAUGUGUGCGUGUGUGCGCAUGUCUCAAAGAUAUGGGAGGGAAUGACAGACACUGCCAUAAUGCAGACGUGGCUCAACCCUCAUAGCGUGUUCUUUUCAUACAUUAUAGAGGAAUCUCCGCUAAUCUUCCGCUCCCUGUCUCCCUCCCUCCCUCCCUCCCUUGAGACAAAUCCAGUCCACUUGUGUUCUCAGGCAUAGCUAUGCCUUUUCUUAUCCUGAUUCCUGGCGAUACCCUUCCCUCCUUUCACCUUCCCUUUACCAUGGUUGGCUUAUAAAAGGAUUUUUCUAAACGAAGACGGCUCCCCAGGUCCAGGGGAACCUGAACGCUGUGGUGUAGUUCCCCUUCCCACUAUACUAGCUGGGCACCGCAGCAACCACAGUCCUUCCUGGAUGAAAGCAGCACGCCUGCAGAAGGCAAGAGGACUAAUUUGAAAGGCACCAGUUUGAGUUAGAACUAGUUCAAAUCCUAACCCAUUGUGUGAUCCUGGGGACAGUCACCUCACCUUGCUAAAUCUUAUUUUUGUCACCUAUCAAUGUGACCAAUAAACACAGUCUUGAAUGUGAAGCAUUCAACCACCCGCAUGCCUUUCUUUGGGUUCCCUUCCUCUUGCUCCCCUUCCAAGAGCAAUCACAAGCAGAGCUUUCCUGUGAUUGUGGCUAGGUGCCAAGGGAUAAAAGCUGUCAGACAGCAGCUGUACAGCUGGGGAAAGAGAUGGGAGGGGAGGAUUGGCGGCUGCUCAAGCGUGCUGUGAUUUGGGCUUAAUGAUUGGAAGGUCUCAUCCAUCCUUGAGAUUCCAUGAGACUGUAGUUCAAGAUACAGAGGAUAUAAGUGGUUCAGAAAAAUCCUGGAGGAAAAGCUGUCUCAGACAACUGGGAGGCUGAAAAGCUGAGCAGCCUGACCUUGGAUGAUUUAGCACCUGAUUUUUUUUGGCUUUUCCCUUAUUAGGUUUGCUGGCAUUGCAUCAAAUGGAAGGAGGAGGUGCCAGAGACUUGAAUUAAACCUGUCAAAUAGGGUGAGGGGAGUGCAGAAGGCUGAGAGGGGAGUGCUGUGUCGAGAACUCGGAUAGCCCGUCAGCACCAUCUGGACUUGGCAGGGAUGGCAACCCUUAGAUCAGAUGGAAAUACCCAAUAAAAUGGCUAAAAUUUUGCUGUCCUGGACCUAUCCCAAAUAGGACUACCAGAAUCUAUUUGGGAGGAAUACUGAUUUCCUAUAAAGGGAGAUCUAACCCAUUGUGUUUUUCCUAUAAAGGGAGAGAUGGUAGUCCUUAGUCACUGAAGAACUAUUAAAGGUCUCUGUGAAGGCGGGACUAGGCCCGUGUCUGUUGUGGCGGUCCCCAGGGCUCCAGUGGUGUGCUAGAGCCACUUUUACCAGCUCAUCAGAGUGGAUUGUUACAUUUUCCAGAAUGUUCUGAGCUAGUUUAUUAAACACAGCUAUCAUUAAAGAUUAAAUUAUGUAAAUCUACAAGUAUAUUCAAAACAUAGAUAAUACCUACCCCAAACUCCUCACUUCUUAUUUUACUAUUAUUUAUGUUCUGAGGUUAUUGACAUGUAUAUAUGUAUGUAUAAUGGUGUGCCACUGCACAUCCCUUACCAAAUUUGCCAUUCAGUGACAUGGUAGCUCCGAAUCAGCCCUGGUGAGAAUAUUUACAUCACAGAAAUGGGCAAGCACCACAUAUCAAGGUUGUCAAUCCUCCCUGCCCCAGAGCUAGUUGUUAUCAGCAUACCACUGCCACUGGGAGACAGAGAAAACGUAUUGAUACAUAUAAAGGGUUGCAACAUCUUAGUUGCCAGGGAGGUAGGAUGUGUGAAGAUUUUCUCAGCAGCGAGUGUCUGGUUAUAAUGUGCAUAACUGAUUUGAAGUAAAAGAAAACCAGUGGAAAACACUGCUUCUCGGCUUGUUUUGUCUACCUUCUGUUUCUCACAGGUGGAAAAAUCUGUUUCCUUCGCUUCAAAACUUUUGGAGCAAUAGAAACAGUGCCCACCCACCCCCACGCCCGCCCAGGUGAGGCUCAUCUCAAUCUCUUCUGAGAGAGGUACAGUAGCUAGAUUCCCUCCAGGAAAGUGCGCUGCAGGUUUUUCUGCUUAAUUGUACUGUGAAGAAUAGAUCUUAACAAGGCAUCAGAAUAGCUCGUUUCCAAGUGGUUUAUACAGCAAUAACAAUGUUAACUCUUCCAACAGAGAAGAAGUCGUUUAUAAAUUAUUGUUUUGCUAUUUUUGCUUUUUAUUAAAAUUAUGACUGUGGAACAGAAUGCUUUGCUUGCCUUUGUUCCCAAAAUUCUAUGCCUUUUGGUUGUUCUUUUAAAGUAAGAAUCACAUGCUGAAUCUACAUUUUACUAUUUUUCAUAUCAUAAAAUGAGGGAAAUGCUUCAUAGAAACUUCAUCCUAUUCACUUGCACACCAGCUGCAUUCCGGAAAACCAUAAUUUUCCUUUCAAACGCAGAGUGCUGUCAGAAUUGUAAUAUUGCCAGCUCUCGACUGUCAAGAUGAUGGAGGAAAAUACUACUGCAGAUGGUAUAAGCUUGUCAGGGGUCCACUCAGCGUGCUUUCCUAGACUGACACUUGAAUUAAGACUCAAAUGGCAAAUGAAAACUGAAAGCUGUUGAAAAUGGCUAUGUGCUGCCAUCAGAGGGCCCCUGGGACUAAAAGAACCUGUGUGCCCACCCAGAGAACUGACAGGUCAGCCAGAGCCAGCAGGACUGUGCUCUCCUGACAUGCAAGAGGCUUUCUGGGAGAAACAGUGAUAAGAACUUUGGAAACAAAUUUAUGGUCAAUACCAGGUCUGGGACCCUUGAACUAAGGCUGUUCCCCAACUUCUGAGGGUCAGGGAACCUAACCUGACUAGGAUAGUCACAGGGAUAAUGACUGAUGGAUCCAGCCAAGAAGGAUUUAGGAUUUGAUACUAAAUCACCACUCCUAUUGUCUUUCAACUCCUACACUAGAAGGGUGACCUCUAUUUCAUUUUUUUCCUUCUUUUAUAUGAAAAUCUUCAAACUACACAGUAGUGAAGAGAUAGUAAACACCCCAGAUUCUGAAGUUACCAAAACUUUCUAUUUUUAUCUCAUCUGUCAAUUUUCAUUAAGCAUUUUACAACAAAUUGUACAUACACAUACCAUCUUUUCUCCCAUACUUCAACAGGCAUCUCUUCAAAAAAAAAAAAAGAAAGAAAGAAAGAAAGAAAGACCAUUUCUUCAUGCCUUUACCACAUAUAAAAAAAAAAUGUUCCUUGGCACCAUUUAAUUCCAAGUCCACAUUCAGAUUCCCCAUUAGACUCGUAAAGAACUGCCUAUAGCUGCAUCAUAGACCAAUGGAUUUGGUGGGGCAGGAGGCACAUGGUGCUUGCUUCCCCUCUAUCUUGAAUGUGGCUCUGGCAGAACCAUGCAGAAAGGGCACUAGUGAAGAGACCUUUAGGCUGGCUAUAGAUAUCUACCAUGUGGGUGAAUCUUGAGAUUGCCUUCUAUUCCCAGUGUCCUGUGGUCUUCCUCUGAGACAUUCCCAGCUUCCUGCCACUAGCAUAGCAUCCAGCUGUCCUGUCAUACUGGUACCUACAGCUCUUCCAUUGGUUACUGCUUUCACU